CUCCCAGUGCCCACUCUUCGAUCUCCCAUCGCAUCGGUUCCUGAAUAUCGACUCACUCUUGCCCGCCCUUGAUAGACUAAAGGCUGAAGACCAAGUAAAAGGGCUGGCUGGCAAGGCAAAAUAGCAUAAAAGAGUUUAGCGUAAGAGAAGAAAGCUGCUGUUAGCAGAGAGAGGGUGGAUAAGUUUCUAGUUCAUGGAUUGAUCGAGUUUCAUUCUACUUUCGACUUAUCUCGAUUGGGUUGGUCUUCAGUGUACAAGUACAAGAUCGAAAAGAAUGCCCGUAUGUCGAGAUACAGGGUUUUGCGAGAAAAGGUCCAAUCCUUCAAUAUCAUGAUUGGGUCGACCAGGCCAGAUCAUGAGUGAAUAGAAAAUCGAAAACGUACAUAGCUGUUCCAGCUGAAAUACUUGGAAUAAUUCUACCACUUCUACUAGGAGUAGCCUUUUUAGUGCUAGCUGAACGUAAAGUAAUGGCUUUUGUGCAACGUCGAAAGGGUCCUGAUGUAGUGGGAUCGUUCGGAUUGUUACAACCUCUAGCAGAUGGUUUGAAAUUGAUUCUAAAAGAACCUAUUUCACCAAGUAGUGCUAAUUUCUCCCUUUUUAGAAUGGCUCCAGUGGCUACAUUUAUGUUAAGUCUGGUCGCUCGGGCCGUUGUACCUUUUGAUUAUGGUAUGGUAUUGUCAGAUUCGAACAUAGGGCUACUUUAUUUGUUUGCCAUAUCUUCGUUAGGUGUUUAUGGAAUUAUUACAGCAGGUUGGUCUAGUAAUUAGGGGGCGGCCGUUCGGUCGCCUAUGAUACUAGGACCAAUAGGUCAAAACUUUGUUUGUGCCGCAGGUGUUGAACGAUCUACUCUACACAGGUGUGGGCUUACAGGGCUAGGGCUCAUAAACCCUUUCUUUCAUUCAAAAAUAGGGCCCUGGUCGGUCACUUUUCCGGGCCGGGAUCGAUAAGUGGAAGUCAUAAAAAAUAGAUCUUUCUCUUCGCACCUCAGAUCAAGAGGAAGGGUAGCUUGUC